AUGAUAUCGACGGCUCCAAUGGCACUGACACUCCCAAAGAUAAAUCGAACAACUUCCACUUAUGUAGGAGGCACUCAAGGCCCACUGUACAUCAUUGAGCCUUACAACCUUUUGUUUGGACGCGCAAACAUUGGACCGGCGGGGUCGUCCGAACCUCUGGCGCCACCUCCCAUCCACUCAUUGUUUGGAGCCAAGUUGGUCACAGUGGAGAACUACGAACAUUACAUCGAUCACCUUAUAUCAACAUUCUCCAAAGUUGGUAUCUUCACCCAAGAAGAGUACACUCAAUGUCUUGAACGAUCAAUACCCAACGUAGCAUCAUCAAUCAUUCAAUUGAUUAAUACAUCUUCUUUGUCAACUUCAAAUCCAACUCCAACUUCAACUUCAACAUCGUCUUCCUCGACAACAACAUCGACUUCCGCAAUAUCUACACCAUCUUCGACAUCGACAACAUCAUCGACUAAUAAUAAUAACAAUAAUGUCAAUAGUAGUGGAGGUAGUAUUGAGACAAACUCGUCUACUUCAUCGCUGAACACAUCAGGUGGUGGAGGUACAUCAAGCUUCCAGACUCCACAACCAAUAACACAUUCACCUCCUACUCAAUUAGUAGUCAACUAUCAACAACAACAACAACAACAACAACAACAGUCACCUGUAAAUAUCAAUCAAUACACACAACAACAGUAUCAACAACAACAACAACAACAGCAACAACAGUUACAACAACAAUAUCAACAAAGACAACAACAACAACAACAGCAACAACAACAUAAUAACAACAUUAAUAUGCGUCAACCAAUGACAAACAACAACAAUAACAACAUGACAACAAUGAUGCCACCAGUACUCACUUAUGCAAGUACAUGA